AGCAUUGAUUUAAACACUUUGGUGGAUUAAUUGUUGGAAAACUCUUUUAUUAAUAAUUGAUGAAACUAUUAGUUACAGCUCAGAAACCAUUUAUAAAAGGUGCCUAAUCAGAGAAUCCUGUUCAGAUUUACACCUGACAGACAUGCAACUCUCCUCCUUUCCCUCAGGACAAGAGAGACAAAGACAAGGACACGGGGACGAACAGUUUGUCACAGAGGACACUCACCUGCCCGUCGACUUCCUGUCCUCACCGCUGCUGCUGUCUAUGAGCUGCACCGAGGCGGAGGAGUGGAGCUUCCAUCGAUCCUGACACACGGAAAAACCCUGUUGAAGCUCCAGCAGCAGCAGCAGCCGACACCAUGUCCUCUCCUUCCCUCCCCAUGCCCUCGCUCCCCCCCAGCCCUCUAGCCAUGGAGUACCUGAAUGACUUUGACCUCCUCAAGUUUGAGGUGAAAUCUGACACUCCUCCGCUCCCUCCUCCGUGUGCGUAUCCCAAAUCUGGCCUCCCCCACGACCCCUCCAGCUCUCCGUACACCAGCCACCCUCCGCAGGACUCCAGCCUGAGCUCCAGCCCUUACAACUCGCUGCCACCCUCGCCGACACUCAGCGACGCCCACCCGCCUCCUUCGGGCUCUUCCUCCCUCUCUUCGUCAUCCUCCUCCAUCUCCUUCCCCCUCUCCAUCUCCAACAGCUUCACCUCUGGCAUCAGCUCCGGCUCCCAGGGGAACGUGGAGGGCAGCCCGGCCCACGGGGGACCUCAGGGUCCCACCCCGGCUUCGCUGGAGGACCUGAUCUGGCUGGCAGCCCUGCAGCAACAGUUUGGAGGGGAGGUGACGGGGCCCGCCACUCUGCUGGGCGCCUUGGGAGGAGUACCAGAGAGAGGGGACAGAGAGAGGGGGCCGGUGAACGGCUUUCUGGGCUGUGAGGACGCUGUGGAGGCGUUGCUGAACUCAGCUGCUGCAGCUGUCAGCUCACAGUUCCCAGGUCUUUCUCAGAGCUCAAGCAGCAACCUGGGAGACUCCAGCAGCGACAGCGGCGCAGACAUCUCCUGCACCAAGGGGGCGGACAUGUGCCAUCGCCCUCUCGUCUUCCUCUCGUCGGGCCCCGGCUCGCUCCCCAACGCCGCCCCGGCCUCGGCCCCCUACCCGCAGCCUCUCAGCCCCCAGGGCCGCCUUCAUCACCACCAGCACCACCAUCAUCAGCACCACCCGCACCACCCCAUGCACGGCAACCAUCACCACCAUCAUCACCCACAAGUUAAUCAGUGCGGGGUGAACGAGCGCUUCUCUGACGAGCAGCUGGUGAGCCUGUCGGUGCGCGAGCUCAACCGACACCUGCGCGGCGUCAGUAAGGACGAGGUGGUGCGUCUGAAGCAGAAACGCCGCACGCUAAAGAACCGCGGCUACGCGCAAUCCUGCCGCUACAAGCGCUUACAGCACCGCCACGCUCUGGAGUCAGAGAAACAUGUGCUCACACAACAGUUGGAACAGCUACAGUGUGAGCUGACUCGAGUGCUGAGGGAGAGAGACGCCUACAAGGCUCGCUACGAGAAGCUCCUCAGCACGAACCACGGCACCGGCGCCGACGCCCCACCGACCCGCACCAGCAACCCACCUUCCCCGCCCCCUGACUACUUCCUCUGAGUUUUACCCAUUAAGAGAGGGGGAGGGGAGAUAAAACAAAAAACGAGCCCAGCCAACAUGGAGCAAUCAGUGAUGAAUAAUCAGACUUGGGGAAGCAAAGAAGGACGUGUAUGUGUGUGUGUGUGUGUGUGUGUGUGUGUGUGUGUGUGUGUGUGUGUGUGUGUGUGUGUGUGUGUAUGCGUGUGUGUGUGUGUGCAAGAGGGAAAGUGAAAGAGAGACAUUGGCAGUAUUGGGGCUGUACAACUGUGAAAUCCACCCUUGACUGAUAAAAGGGGAAUUGACUGUUAAUUCUUAGCGUUAGACUCGGCUCUAGGCUGCUGCUGCUUCUUGGACUUUACUUCACUGUGAACGACAGUUGCACAAAAACUGGCUGAGAGCUCUUUGGGACCUCCUGCCUGUGAAAUCAGUGCGACGGUGGACACACACUCGGCUGUGACAGUGGAAUCAAAAAAGCUUUAAAAACAUAUCAAUAGUCCCUGACGCUGCUGUAUGGAGGAGCAGGGACGUCACAGGAAAAGUAAUGAAGCAUUUCCUUCAUUUCAUUCUUCCAUCAAUGAAUACUUCAGAUAUAACAAUGUAUUUACAAAAAACACUUAAAACUCAUGUAACCAUUUAUAAAUGCAUUAAUUAAUCCAUGUAUUUAAAGAACUAUUUGAAAAGACAUUUUAAAAAUGGGAACACAUUCCUGGAUUCACUCUUUGAGUUCCAUUUCCUUUUUCCAGCUGCUUUUCCUUUUCCUAUUAGCUACUCGAUUAACUUAGUCAUUUAGCCUUUCCUGGUCCAACCCCAAUUGACCAUGAGCUGUAACAUUAUCUCUGGUUAGAGGUAACCAGUCUGGUUUUACCAGCACCGAAGGCUAACAGGAGAAGCUAAAGGGCUAAGCUAAUCGAUUAGCUAACAGGAAAAGCAGCUGGAAAAAGGAAACGGAAAAAGAGGAGGGAAUCCAGGAAUGUUUUCCAUUUCUAAAUGUCUUUUCAAAUACUUUGUCAAAUUCUAUUGUUUAUUGAUAAAUUAAUAAAUGUAUUUAUAAAUGGUUUAUUUUAUGAGUGUUUUAUGCUGUGAAUCCAUUUUUAAAUCUUUAGCAUUUAUUGGUGGAUUAAUCGUUAAAUAACAAUCCCUAUUGUUAAUGCCUAUUCAAACAUAACGUUAAAGAAAUGCUUUAUUACUUUUCCUGUGACACCCCUGGUCCUCCAUACUGCUGAGUAUAUUAUCUAUGCAAUAUUAAAUAGCUGCAAUGUUCUCUCCCAGUGAGUGUUUGAGGCUCAAAUCGUAGUUUUGUUUUCUAUAAUAAGCUGCUAAAGCUGCAGAGGUCUGAGUAGUGCAGUGGUGCUGGAUGUGGAGUGGUAUGGGCUUGGAUAAAGUAUCCACGGCAUGCAGUUAAGUAUUUGCCAGCUAAUUUUUCACAGUUGCCUACCAAAGUGUUUAAGCUCACCAAGACUUGUUAUUAUUCUUUGUAAGAUGAAUAAUCAUAGAUUUAAGAAUGUACAAGGAAACCUUUCGUGGGAAUCUUCCGGUGAUUGUGCUAAAUGAAUAGUGGGGUAUAUUGCUCUUGUGUUUUAGCAGAGAAAUCUAGUUGAAAAUGGCAACUGACUUUCAGCCGUUCACAGCGACAGAGAGGACCUGCUGCUUGCUCUCAAACAUGGGUUUUUACACACAAAGAAGUGGAGCUGGUGGUGUGUGCUUAACAAAGCGACUCACAUAUGGUGAAAGAGGCAAAUACAACCCAUCGCAGCGGAGCGACAAAAAACAAAAACAAAAAACAGUGUGGCAUGAUUUGUGUGGUUGUGUCCAGUUCUCCAGACGAGAGAAUCUAUUUUGGGGCAGAUUGAACACCUCUGUAACAGGGACCAUCACAUUACUGCAACAUGUGGCACCACAGAGCUGGUCACUGUGGACUCCGGUACUGUGGGCUACUCCGGAUGCAACAGAAAAUUAACGGUGCAGGGAUUUAAAAAAAAAAAAAAGAAUAAAUAAAUAAAUAAAAAAAUGCAAAAAUAUCUCUUCAUGGAGACACCUUCUUAACUGUCCCAUGAAAUCAUUGCCAGGGUUCAUGCAUUAGAGCUAUUUAUUUUGUUUGGGUGUAGGUUAAAUAAAUUGUUCUUUUAUUUAUUCACUUAUUUAUUCAGUAUUUAUUGUUUAUUUAUGUACUGAUUCUAAUUAUUUUACUGGUUUUAUUUCAUUAGCGUGUAUUUUUACUUUCCUACAGUUUAUUAUUUUAUCCAACUGUGAUUAGAAUUAACAUUAUUACAAAAAUGAUGGCCAUUAUCAUGGUUUCCUGCUCCUGUUGUAGUGUGGUUUCAUAUGCAUAUGAAAUAAACAAAGUACUUUACCAAACCUGGCUUGCUGUGGUGUGUUUUGUGCGCAGGUUUGAACCUCAUCUCCUCUCCAUUCACCUAUGGGAGCAUCUCCCACUCUUAGUCUUCUGCAGGCCUUUUCUCUGCAGCCCCCAUCCCCUGCUCCAUCCCUCUCUUUAUCUCUGUCCCUCUAUAGUGAGGCAGUGACCCUGGCUGCUGCACUGUUUGGGAUGACCUCAUCUUCAGCUCUACCUCUCUCUCUGUGUCUCUCGCUCUCUCUCUGGCCUGUAUAAUAGGAGCAGGAUUAGGGCUAUAAUAGCGCCCUGGCUGCUCACUGCCGGAGCCUAUUGUGGCUUUGUGUGGGAGGGACGCACCACUGCUCAUGGCCACACUCACAUUCUGACAGAAAACAUGUCCAAACACACUCCUUGGAUCAGGGGACUAUAGAAAUGACUUAAUUUAACAAAAUGGAAAUGAGUGCGUCCAGGAGAAGGACGUGUGUGUCUCUGACAGGACACAGGAGACGAGAGGACAGAGACUGACUCACCUGGUGGGCAGGGUGCUGGGUUGUCAGGCCAGUUUCUACAGGAAAACCCAAAUGACACAUUUUAAACAUACACCCCCCCCAAGGACACACACACACACACACACACACACA